GGGAGGACGGAGCACAGCUUUAUCUUGUGUGAGCGCAGUUAGAGGAGCUUACACUUGUGCUGCUGCUGCAGUGCGCGUAAAGGCGCGUUUCCGUUUUUACGCACGACGAAAAGUGGAAAACAGAUAAAAUAAUAUUAUUUCCACUUCAAAUACUUUUCAAGUAAUUUUGAAUCUAUUAUUUCCGCAACAGCAAAGUAUUAAGUGGGCACUAGAAAUGCACACUUCCAAAAGAGCGUGAGGCGGCGAAGCUUUCUGAAACUUUACAUUAUUCACUGGACUUUUGGCACCGGAGUCCUUAACUUUGUAGUGUAGUUGAUUAGGUCCACAUCCAGCGGUUUAGAGACACCUUCGGUCGUAAACAGCAAAAUGGAUCCUUUAUUCAAUGCCACCAAUGUGCCAAAUUGGACCACUACCUCCAACGACACCAAUAACGGGACCGUGUACUGGAACCAGUUUGUGCAGCCAGUUUGGAGAAUCGUCCUCUGGGCCAUUGCGUACAGUUGUAUAGUUAUCGUGUCCGUUGUAGGCAAUGUCACAGUCAUCUGGAUUAUUAUGGCUCAUAAACGCAUGAGGACAGUCACCAACUAUUUUCUGCUCAACCUGGCGUUCGCCGAAGCCUCAAUGUCCGCCUUCAACACAGUGAUCAACUUCACCUACGCAGUGCACAACGAGUGGUACUUUGGACUGGUCUACUGCCGCUUCCACAACUUCUUCCCGAUCGCGGCUGUGUUUGCCAGCAUCUACUCAAUGACUGCUAUCGCUCUGGACAGGUACAUGGCCAUAAUCCACCCUCUGCAGCAGCGCAUGUCGUCCACAGAGACCAAGGUGGUGGUGGGAGUGAUCUGGGUUCUGGCUCUGCUGCUGGCCUUCCCUCAGUACUACUACUCCAACACGGACCAGCUCCCUGGCCGGGUGGUAUGCUACAUCGAAUGGCCCGAGUACACCGUGUGCGACUUCAAAAAGAUGUACUAUGUGUGUGUGGCCAUCCUGAUCUACUUCCUUCCACUGCUGAUGAUGGGUUGUGCUUACCUGGUGGUGGGACUGACCCUCUGGGCCAGUGAGAUCCCUGGAGACUCUUCUGACCGCUACAAGGAGCAGCUGACCGCCAAACGCAAGGUGGUGAAGAUGAUGAUCGUGGUGGUGUGUACGUUUGCCAUCUGUUGGCUACCCUACCACGUCUACUUCCUGCUGCACCAGUUUUUCCCAGACAUGUUUGAAGAGCAGUUCAUCCAGCAGGUCUACCUGGCCAUCAUGUGGUUGGCCAUGAGCUCCACCAUGUACAACCCCAUCAUCUACUGCUGCCUCAAUGACAGGUUUCGUGCUGGUUUUAAACAAGCUUUCCGCUGCUGCCCCUGCGUCCCUCAAGGCUCUUAUGAAGGUCUGGAACUAAAGUCCACCCGCUUCCUUCAGACUCAGACCAGCGUUUACAAGGCCAGCCGAAUGGAGACCACCGUAUCUACCGUUCUCCAGGUUGGAGACGACGUUGAGCAGCCAAAGCUCAAGGCAACAGGGGUUUCGGGGCCCAGUGUGGCUAGAGUCGGGGCCAGACCACAUAGCUCCUCCCUGGACCUCACAUCAAAUGGGUCAUCAUCCCGAAGCGUCUCCAAAACGGUAUCAGAGACGUCCAGUUUCUACUCCAGUAACAACCUGCAAGAAUGAACGUCAAGUACAGGUGGCAUUUUGCCAGACAGCAGAGAGAGAGUGUGAGUUGACUGUUCACAUAGCUGCUUAUGUCUGCGUGUAUUCAUGCAAAGUACAGUGUGGAUGUGUAAGUUUGUCUGCUAGUGACUGUGAGUUUCUGAUGAAUAUAUCUCUGAUGUAUUUACUGGAACAUCAUGAUAGGAAAAUUCUUCACUGAGCACUGUUCCUACCCACAACUGUCCUGGUAGAAAGUAUCAUGCUACUCACAGCUAAUGACUAACUGGCAAUAGGAAGAUUUGUUCAGUUCUAGAAAGCAGUGAGGAGCACUUCAAUGACACGAGCACAUUUCAGUUCAAAAGCGACAUUGAAGCAGACGCUAGCGCCUCCAAUCUUCACAGCUUCUGCUUGUCUCACCAGCCCUCUCCCAUUGCAGAGAGAAGGUUCACACAUCCUCAAUCACACAGGCUGUGUGACUUCACACAGUCUAUUUUGGAGUGGAGCUAUAACAUGAGACCAGCAUGCUUUCAACACAGCGACCCGUUGUUUUAACAAGGGGCCUCUCCAGAAAGAGACAAAGCUCGUGUUUUCAGUUUUCAGUGUGCAGAAUGAGUGCCUGACUGUGGUUUCAGUUGAAAGGUUCACCCAUAAAAAGUGAUGAAGACUGAAAACAUAAAAGCAUAAACUCUGAGCUUUACAUUUGUGUGUAUGUAGAUGCAUGUGUGUGUGUGUGGAUGCAUUUGUAUGUGUGUGUGUGUGUGUGUGUGUGUGUGUGUGUGUGUGUGUGUGUGUGUGUGUGUGUGUGUGUGUGUGUGUGUGUGUGUGCUUUUCCUGCGGGCGAUGCUGAAAAGUUCUGCCAAUCAGCGUAAACAGCAGCGGUGUCUGGCUCAUCAUUCAUCUGGCUAAACAUCGACCUCAACAGCUGGCAGCACAGUUUCUGAAUUGUAGAAGUGCUUCAAAGGCUGAAUUCAAGUGAAGAUAAACACUUUACUAACGUUAAAAUUGCCUGAUAUGAGACUUUGGUUCCAGAUUAAGUCCACCACCACACAAUGCUGAUGUGUAGCCACAGAUUGAAAUGAUCCAAUGUCCCACAGGAUUGGUACAGUUUUAAAAUAAUACCUGACCCAUCAGCUUCCAGUCUGUCUAACCUGCUCCACCUUUAUCAGAUAAAUAAAUCUUAAUUCAUGAUCUGAAAACUAGGCACCACUUUCAAACUGAUAUAUUUAUGUAAUUCGCAUUAGCUGCUCUAUACUUUGACCUGUCAGCAACAUGUGCUCUGUAUCUGGCUGGGUUACAUUUAUAGCUCAAUACUUCCCUGAUACACACUGUUUCAGUCAUGUUCUGUUAAUGUGACUAAAGUCACCUCUGACCUCCUGUGUGGGAGGUGUUGGCUCGUUCAAACAUCCACACUUUAUCAGCUGUCACUGCAUCAAAAUAUACUCCAGCAAUGAGCAAGAAGGUGCUUGUUAAAAUGAGGUUUAAAUGUGUUUGUAGACUUCUCGGGCCUGGAAUUUGCACAGGCAGCCUGUUAGCUCUUUGUUGUGCAUCGAUGUGCCUUGCUGCUAAGCAUAAUGUCUGUAAAAGGACUAGGCGAGCACAGGAGUAGCUCACUCUGCUGGAGUCCAAGAACAGGACAGUUAGGGGCCUGGAAGCACACUGGGAUGAACUGUUAUAACCUCCUACUGCGGUAAGCACCCACACACAGACGCAGCAAAAACUGGAUUUGAGUGUUAGCUUUUGUUACAAUGUUCUCAAUCAAACUGUCUUAAAAUGGUUUUAAUAAGUUCACCAAAUUUAAUGUAAUGGAGUUUAUUUGAUACAACUUUGGUAUCUGUGAAAAAGUUUGUGUGGGUUUUUUAAUUAAUGGAAGUCAGAAUAUUUUAUCUACAAAUGUCCUUCAGUGAACUCAACAACUAAAUCCACAAGACUUACAUAUUCGUUGUGUACAGAACACGCACACAGGCUCAGCUACACACAUCCACCAAACAGCAGAACUAUCAAUUACAACAUCUACAAAGAUAGCAAAAUACAUUCAAAUACGUCUUAUUUUGAAUAUUUAAUUCUAAAAUCCUUAUUCUUGCUGAAACAAAGGAAACAAAGAUUUCACUUGUUUUGCAUUGGGAAUUAAUUCACUGUUAAGGCAUUAUCACAUAUCCUCAGUUAAAUCACGUUUUCAGAUGAAUAUUUUUUGCAUUACAACACAAGUACAAAUGCACAGAGAGUGAUCACCUGUUGUCACCUAUCAAUGACAUUCACAUACACACACACACACGUAUACACAUACACACACACACACCCCUACACACACACGUGCACACACACACACACACACACACACACACACACACACACACACACACACACACACGCAAACACACACACACAUUUCACAGGCCUCCUCUUCCCUGCUGCUCUAUUCUCAGCACACAAAGCCUGUUGUUAUGAAUUCCAGCUGAAUGUCAGCUGUCAUAAAAAUAAGAAGCAGUUGUGACACAACGUUGUUUUUUUGUAAACGCAGUGCAGUGUAUAUCUAACACUGAAGAACAGACAGGGCAGGUCACAUUCAGUGCAGAGAGAAAACGAAAGACAUAACAGAUUUUAGACAGUAUUAUUUAUUUAACCAUAGUUUACAUUUCACUUUUUCUCUGCAGCUGGGAUUUAAAAGUAGCACAUCUGACAGAGUUAUUAGAAGAUUAAAGUAUUUGCCAAGUCAGUGAUCAGUUCAGUGAUCAGAACAUCAAAAUCACAACUUUGAAGUUUCACACUAACACACGUAGACACACUAUGCUGAGGGAUAGUCUGGGAUUUCCACUAAAAACUGAGAAGAUUAAGGGUGGAAUGUUUAAAUACAUAAUUAAUGGAUUGAAGUGUAAAUAUAUACUACACAUUUGGUAGGUAGGUGGUUUAUAUGAUGUGUUCCCAUCCUCACUUAGCAUAAAGACACAAGGCUGUCUUACAGCAGUGGAAGGCAAAUCAUUUUUGCAAAAGAAAUAUUAACCUGCAUCACUGUGAAUCUGUAAGCAUCUGCUCCCACACACAAUUCUAGAACAACUAUUUUUAUAGAUCACACUUUUCUUGAACAAACAUUUUUUGAAAUGCUGUAAUGUUGGCCACCACUAUUAAAACAUGCUGAAGAAUUGACCCACGAUUUAAACUAAUUGUUGAACCUUAUCUGAUUAAAUUAAAUCCAACUCUAUUAUACAUCAAGAGAAUAAUAAUAAAAUAAAAGAAUAAGUUAAAAAAGAAAUGUUUUUUUUCCUAUAGAAAAUGCAACAUGACUCAGAGUUGGAAUACCUGCACAGUUUGUGUAGUAGGUUUAAUUGUUAAUCCAAGUAAUUAGUAGUUGCAAUGCAAAAUGUUUUUUUUCAUCAAGUCAAAGGUUGGAGCUUGUACACAUAACAUUUUCAACACAGAAGUUAACUACAGUUUCCAAGGUGCAUUUUGGCAGAAAACAUCCAGUCGCCAAGCCUAAAGGGACACAAACAGGACAUGUAGCUUUAUCUUUGGAGACAGACGUAUACCUCUGCUCUGAUCACUUGGUGUUUUAACAUGUAAAUUCAGUUUGCUAUAAAUAUUGUCAUUAGUUGAUAUUCUACAGACUGCAAAAGACACAAAAUAUACCUCAAAUGUGAAACAAUACUUCAAGUCUUGUGCAUUUUUCAGGACGGGACUUGAUCUGUUAUGGCAUUUAAAAAUACAGAGACACAGUAGUUGUAUAUGCUGAAGAAUUAUCAAGAAGCGGGGCUGGUGAAAGUGCUAACCACUACGCCACUGUGCAGCCUUGCAUAAAUAUUUCAAUCCCAAAUUUAUUCAGACAUCACAAGAUUAAUACAUGUUACGUUUGGCCUCUACAAUUACAAGAGGUGCUCAAAGUGGUGGCCAGUGGCUUCCAGACAUUUAUGUGUACAGCGAACUACUGCUUGGGUAACGUUGGCCAAAACGUCCAAUGGGAUUGCUGCACAUGCAUUUUCAAUUUCUUGUCUGACAGCCACCCAUAUAGUCGGUUUCCUGCGAUACACAACAUCCUUUAGGGUCCCCCACAGGCAAGUUUUUCUUUUCCUGAUGUGUGUAUACAUUAUUUUGGCUGACUUUGUUCUUUUUCUAAUGUGUGUAUACAUUAUUUUGACUGACGUUCUUUUUCUAAUGUGUGAAUAAAUUAUUUUGGCUGAGUCUGUACAUUCAGAUUCCAUCGGAUUAAUGGAAAAGAAUGCAGGUCUGAAAGAGGACUGAGAAUUAGUUUCUCUCUAAGUGUCAAAGUUAAUAUAGUGACAGUUUUGUGAUGACUUUUUAUUCGUGUGCAUGUAUUUAAAAUAACUGACAACAACAAAUUCAUACAAAUCAGACUUAACUGCUGUUUUGUUUCACACAGCUGGGUGUUAUAGUGAAUUCUAUGUGCCCACACUGUAAUUUGUUUUGAACCAGCUGGAAAUACUCAGCAGUCUAUAAAUUCACAGCUGAAUACAGUCCCUGACAAAAACACUAUUUAUUCCUGUUUGAGUAACACUUGCUGAAAGCUACAGUACCUGGCUAUUUUAAGAAAUUACUAAGCUUUUUAAGCUUAAUAAAAGAUAAACCAUAUAUGCUUGACCAGUUUUCAAACAUUUACUUCUUCAUUUGGAACAAAUCGGCUUGUGGCAAACUGUGUGUCCCCAAGAGGCUGUUGGGAAGUCAGGAAGUUUAAAGAGGAUUAGUACAUUGACGUCUUUUCCGGAUGUGUUGAUAAUAAGAAAAAUACACCACAGCCUUAUCCUUUAAAAGGUUGACUCUCAGUUUUAAUUUGAGGGUGAUCACAUCCAUGGCCAAUCAACCGUGUAGAACUUGUACCGCUCUGAAUGCAUAUCCCUUUAAGCCAACAGAACAACAAUUCAUACUGCCCCCCCAGGUUUUUUUUUUCUGUUUUAAUCCUUCAAAUACCCUGAAAGCUGUAAGUCAGCACUUAAACCUCAUAGUUAGUGUUAAAUUUGAUGUCUGGUGUGCAGAAAUAUAGCUCUGUUACUGCACAGUAGAUGAAAAAAAAUUCUCUGGUCUGAUAUUUUUGAUCAUAUAUGUGACUACUGUAUAUAAGAAAUAUAAGUGUAAAAGUACACAAAAUAGUGAUCUGACACUUUUCAGACACAGCCGGUCUGAGUUCUAUAUUGUAUUGGUGGUUUCAUGUUUCCCGUUUUGAUCUGAUUCUGGAAAACUUCAAUCAUGCUUUUGCCAUUUGAAAACAACAACAAAAAAAAUGUUAAUCUUUUAUGUAUCUUUUCAGUGCGAGUACUGCUCUGAGGUGAUGUGUAUCUGUUACUGCCUCCUACUGUUUCCUGCCAUUUGUGGAGUUACAUUUAAUGUACAAUGGGUGUUUUUAUCUGUUCUCUUUGGCAAAAAAAAAAAAGGGGUAUACAUUUUAAUGUAUUAAAAAAGAGUAAUUACAGUACUGAUUUAAAAUUCACCACAUGGGGGUUGUGUUUAUUUCAAGCAAUGAAAGGUUUACUAUCUGAGUGUGUGGAUGGUUUUUUUCUCCAGAUCAAACAACAUAUGUGACAAAGGGAUGGAAACUAGCAUCUGGUGCAGAAAGUGCCUUAGAGCUUCAGUAAUGUUCAGAGAGGAAACACACACAAACACACACCCACACACACACACACACACACACACACACACACACACACACACACACACAUACACACAAAGAAGGUUACUUUAUGUAUUUGCCACAGCUGAAUCUCUGCCUUUGUAAAUCCUGACCUGCACUAUGUAUACAGAGACAUGAGAGAGAGGAUGACAAGGAAGAAGCAGCAAGGACAGAGGCUCAGUGUGUGUGUGUGUGCGUGCGUGCGUGCGUGCGUGCGUGCGUGCGUGCGUGCGUGCGUGCGUGCGUGCGUGCGUGCGUGUGUGUGUGCGAAUGAAGCUAAACAGGCAAAAAACAACACAGGCUGAGUGUUUUGCUGGUGUCAGAUAAAAACAUGUCAUGGACCUUCAGCCUGAGCACACUGCAUGCAUAAUAAAAUACAGCUGAGCUAC